AUGACUUCGAUUUCGAUUGAUGAUGAUUGUCAAAUAUUAGAUGAUAAACAUGAUGAAGAAAAAUGUUCGGAUAAUGAUACUGAUAAAUCAAUUACGAGUUCAACAAGUGAUUCAUCGAAUGAAUGUCCAUUUAAUGCUGAAAUAUCUUCAAAACUUAGUACAGCAUUUGCUAAAGCAACAGGUAUUGAUAUUGAAUUUGCUAUUCAAUUACUUAAAGAUCAUGGAUGGAAUAUUGAUCAAGCAUUAAAAGCUACAUAUGAAGCGAAAGAACAUGCACAAUCAAUAAUUAGUACUAAAGAAAAUUGGAAAAAAACGAAUGAGAAAUAUUUGAAAAUUUCCUCAUGGAAUACUGAUACAACAGAUUGUGAUGAAAUUGAAUUGAAUGAUUUAAUUGAACAACGAGCUGAAACUAUAAUUGAAAUUUUACUUCGAGAAAAACCUGAUGUUAUUCUUCUACAACAAGUUGGAACAGUAGCAUUAACAUUAAUAAUAACAUAUCUUUCAUCAUUAUAUGACGAUGAAUCAGUUCAAAUUGAUUCACCAAAUAAUUGUAAUUAUGUAUCCAUAUUUACACGAAAAUCAUUAAUAAAAAAGAAAAAUGUAUCGAUUAUUUCAAAUGAAGACAAUUGGAAAAUGCUUAAAAUUGAAGUUGAAUAUAAAGAUUCUUUAAAAUUGGAUUUAUUCAAUGCUGUAAUUGAUGAAAAUACAUCAUCAUUCUGUUUCGAACAAAUUAAUGAAACUAAUCCAGAUCACAUUGUUAUAUCUGGUAUUAGUAGUAAAAUUUCAGAAAAUGCUUGGGAUUUUAAUAUGUGUGAUCUCAUUGAUCUAUGGGAAAAAACUGGUAAACAACCUGAAGUAACAUAUACCUAUGAUCCAGAAUUAAAUUCAAAUAUUAAUGGAAAUGAAAAACCUGAACGUUAUGAUCGGCUAUUUUAUCGAACAUCAACAUCAUUAAAUGAUCAAUUUAAACCAAUUCAUAUGGAAUUAGAAGGUAUUCAACAUAUUAAAACAUCUGAUAGGAUUUUUCCAUCAACUCAUUGGGCAAUUCAAGGUUAUUUCGAUAUUGAUAGUUAA